AUGCGUCCUUCAAUUUGGUCUUUUGUGGUGAUGGCCGGCUCCUGCCUGGCCCAGGGCGACCUUGCGGCCCUUCUCGCCUCCCAAGCCGACCUCAGCACUCUGCUCGAACUCGUCAGUCUCGUGGAUGGUCUCGCAGAGACUCUCGCCUCGUCUUCCAACAUCACCAUCAUCGCGCCGACGAACCAGGCCUUCGCCAAUGUGCCCCGCGACAUUCCGGAAGGCCAAGCCAUCGAGCUUCGCAACGAUACCAUUGCAGUUGGAGCUCUCCUUGCGAACCACGUCUUCAAAGGAGUUUACCCGUCGAGCGUCAUCACCGAUAUUCCCACGUUUGCCCAGACUCUGCUCGACGACUCUUACAUUACUGAGAUCCAGCCUUUCUCCAACUUCACUGGUGGCGCCUACAAUGGACUCGUCAAGAACGGAAGUGAUGUGUGCAUCCUGUCUGGAGAGCAAACCAUCUCUACCGUCACCCAAGCUGACAUUACCCUGGGCGGCAUUACCAUCCACAAGGUCGACACAGUCAUGUCAUUUGGCGCUCCGUUCCAGCUCUUCACGUUCCGAGCCGGCUACCUCGCCAUGAACGCCGCGCUGGAGGCUGCCCACCUGAACUUUGCAUUUGGCGAGACUGGAGCCGACGUCCAAGGCCUCAACAUCUCUGACUACACCAUCUUUGUGCCCACCGACGAAGCCUUCGAGUCGAUUGGCUCCGUGCUCCAGACGGCGGACAUUGAGACGCUCCAAGAGGUCCUUCGCUACCACAUCAUUCCCAACAAUGUCAUCUUCUCGCCUUCCCUGGGCAAUGUCACUGUCAAAUCCCUCCAAGGCACCGAUCUGACCUUCACCGUGUUGCCGGAUGGCUCUGCUUGGGUGAACAACGCAAGAAUCACGUUUCCCAACACCAUUCUGUACAACGGCAUCGCCCACGUGAUUGACAGCGUGUUGAGCCCUGCGCCCUUUGACCGCGCCUCUUUGGAGCCGUCUGCGCCGGCGGCCGAUCGCGUCGCUUUCCCUAACGCGACCUCGGUCUCGAGCCUUCCUUUCUCGACCGUCUCUUUCGCAACGGAUCUGAUGACUUACACGACGACCCCGCGACUCCUUCAGACCGUUGCUGCCGUCGCAACCCCUGCUACCAACGCUACCACCACGGCUUCAAACCGACCGGUUCCUGUUCCCACUGGAGCUGCUGGUGGACUGCUCCCCGGCGCGGUUUGGGCCCUCUCCGCCGCAGUUGGCAUCGCUGCUUUCCUUGCCUAG